AAGGCUGAAGUUUUGUCUCUAUAUUACUUGAUAUUGCUUCACGUUCUGCUUUAGUACAUCUUUUGUUCCUAGAGGUUGGGCUUUAUCGGUGCCUAAUUGGAGGCACGAAGAAACGAACCGCCAUAUGCUCGCAGGGGUACCCUGUACGACUAAUGACUCACGAUAGACAUGACGAUAGAGCUGCCUGUGAAGAGAGGCAAAGUUAUAAUCAAAUAAUAUGGUGUAUAGUACAGGCUAGCCUUAGGUAGCAUAAUAUGCAUAACAGUUGGGCCUUUAAAUUGGAAAGAACAGUCGAGCCACUGGUGGCUCUUUCCUCUUUGGGAAACAAAGUACACUUUCCUACCUACCCUAGCCCCGUUCAAGUUUCUCAACUUUAACCUCAGCCUGUUAUCUACAUCAUUUUUUUCUUUCUCAAGGCAGUCUAUCGCCAUUAACUUUUCCUCCGAUCUCGCAUCCCACACAUCCAAUUCCAUGUCUUCAUUCCAGGAGUUUAUCGAUGAGAUUACAGAGAGGCAACGCCGGCGUGCACAGCGUUUAACGCGGCACGAGGCUUUGGUAUGGAUGAGCGGAUCAAUAACCUGUCGCAGGAGAGAGCUUACGAAAUCUCUUUUCAGCCUUCUCGCCGACCCCGACUUCUCCGAGUUCAGUGACAUGACUAUACUAUGUCGAGACAUAAGAUUCCCAUGCCAUAAAGCUAUCGUUUGUUCUCAAUCGACUACUAUCAGGAAUUCUUACAAAGAGGCUGCUAUGGAUGCGAACACCUGCGCUGUCAAGAUAAAAUGUCACCCGCUCGUUCUCCGCAUGGCUCUCGAGUAUUUAUACACGUGCGACUAUUCUUUCUAUCUAGACUGGGGCUUUCCAACUCGGUUCACUGCUGAAGGACAGACGGUGCCCGGUGACCCCGUUGAUCGACUAGAUUGCUGCGAGUUGUCCCUCCACCUCCAAGUCCAUAUUUUGGCGCAGUGCCUCGGUAUUCAACCAUUGAUGUAUCUAUCAGCGUACAAGAUUGUCCGAGUUCUAUCGAGAACGUCUUUCCCGACUGUGUUCCCACGAUUUGUGCGCGAGGUUUACAAAACAUUUCCCAGGAAGAAUUUUCUUGUGAAAAGACUAGUCGUUGACCAUGCGGUAAAAGUCAUUUACGAACGUCGAGCCCGGAACCACUUCGAUGGGCGAUUUCCAAAGUUUUUAUUUGGAGAGCUUGAAGAGUUCAGGUUGGAUUUGGCUGCGAGCCGGACUGAUUUUCCCAGCCCUUUGCAUAGAUAUGCUGAUUGCGGCCGCAUAGCCAGUCAGCUAUGGUGUUGUUGACCUGGAUAGACCAAUUAAAUGGUUGUAUGCUCAGGCCUUUGGCUCCUGGUAUAAAAUAGAUAGCUGCGGCUAAGAACUGUGUUUGGGAACUCGAUGUAUUGUUUAGGCUGUUGUUAGCUUUAGCGCUACCUGCCACCGUAAAAAAAAGCUUAAGAGGUGGCAAUCCCCCUUUACCAUUAGUUC